AUGGGCCUUCAACAAGUAUGGCUUUCCUACAAUCUACUAUUUAACCUCUUCUUCUUCUUUCUCUUCCUUUGCCAAAUCACUUGUUUGCAUGCCCAACUAUGCACUCAAGAACAGAACUCUGCGCUGUUGCAACUGAAAGGAAGCUUUUCCUUGGAUAAAUCUGCUUCUUCGUAUUGUGAUUACUAUGGAAUCACUUCUUUUCCAAAGAUGGAGUCUUGGAAAAAGGGUUCUGAUUGUUGUUCCUGGUAUGGGGUCGAGUGUGACAGAGAGACGGCACCUCAACGGCUCAACCUCUCUGAGUCUGCUUUUUCGGGCAAAGUCCCGCCUGGAGUCUCCUACCUAAACAAACUGGUGUCGCUUGAUCUCUCUUACAAUUUUCAUUUGAGAUUGGAAGAAGGCGGGUUCGAGUUACUCAUUCAAAACUUAUCCAAGUUAAGAGAUCUUGAUCUUAGCGGGAUAAACAUCUCUUCUUCAGUGUUUCCCAAUUUCUUGCUCAAUUUAACUUCUUUAAGAACCCUCGGUCUCAGAGAAUCUGGUUUACAUGGAGAAGUCCGGCCUAGAGUCUCCUACCUAAACAAACUGGUGUCGCUCGAUCUCUCUUACAAUUUUGAUUUGAGAUUGGAAGAAGGCGGGUUCGAGUUACUCAUUCAAAAUUUAUCCAAGUUAAGAGAUCUUGAUCUUAGCGAGGUAAACAUGUCUUCUUCGGUGGUUCCAAAUUCCUUGCUCAAUUUGACUUCUUUAAGAACCCUCGGUCUCAGAGGAUCUGGUUUACAUGGAGAAGUCCGGCCUAGAGUCUCCUACCUAAACAAACUGGUGUCGCUUGAUCUCUCUUACAAUUUUGAUUUGAGAUUGGAAGAAGACGGGUUCGAGUUACUCAUUCAAAAUUUAUCCAAGUUAAGAGAUCUCUCUCUUAUAGGCGUAAACAUGUCUUCUUCGGUGGUUCCAAAUUCCAUGCUCAAUUUGACUUUUUUAAGAACCCUUCGUCUAGGAGAAUCUGGUUUACAUGGAGAAUUCCCUAGCAGAGUAUUCCACUUACCACAUCUACAUAACUUGGUAAUAUUGUAUGAGGAGGGAAUAUUGCCGGACUCAAUUGCUAAUCUGAAGUCCUUGAAGCAAUUGGUCAUCCGUCAUUCCGAAUUCCACGGAUCCAUUCCUACUUCUCUCUGGAGCCUUACACAAAUCACUUAUUUGGGCCUCUCAUCCAACAAUUUCCAUGGUAUCCUCCCAUCUUCAAUUUCAAACCUUACACAAAUCACUUCUUUGGACCUCUCAUCCAACAAUUUCAGUGGUACAAUCCCAUCUUGGGUCUUCGAAUUACCCGCACUCAUGUACUUAGAUCUCAGUUAUAACAAACUGAUUGGUCACACACUUGAGUUUCAAUCCUCUUCGUUGAAGUUUAUUGAUUUGAGCAAUAACGACCUAAAUGGUACUGUUCCAAAUUCAACCUUUGAACUCCAAAACCUUACCCAUCUUAUUCUUUCUUCAAAUAGCUUUUCUGGCACCAUUCCUAGAUCAAAUAGAUUCAGUAAAAAUCUCAAUGUACUCGCUUUAAAGAUGAAUAACUUCUUUGGCACCAUUCAUGAUUCAUUUACAAGGAGAAAUAGCUUGACAACUAUCAAUCUUUAUGGCAAUGGAUUUGAAGGGCCAAUACCGAAGUCUCUGAUUAACAGUAGAUACUUGGAAGUGCUAGAUCUCGGAAGAAACAAGUUCUUCGAUGAAUUUCCGCAUUGGUUGGGAAAUUUACCGUACUUGCAUGUCCUAAUCUUGCAAUCCAACAAAUUUCAUGGAUCGAUCGUGACUUCCACGACCAAAUUUCCCUUCCCCAUGUUGCGAGUUCUUGAUAUGGCGAACAAUAAUUUCACUGGUCCAUUGCCCAUAAAGUACUUCAAAAGUUUCAAAGCAAUGAUGAACGUGGAUGAGCAUUUUGAUUUGGAGUACAUGGGAACUGGUAGUUAUUAUGAUUCUCUGACUAUAGUAAUCAAAGGAUCGACCAUUGAUAUGGAACAAAUCCUUACAGUUUUUACAGCCGUGGAUUUAUCAAGCAACAAGUUCGAUGGUGAGAUUCCUGAGAUUAUCGGUCGGCUAAAUUCAAUUCGAGGACUGAACUUAUCACACAAUAGCCUCACAGGUCAUAUACCAAAGUCGCUUGGUAAUUUGACAAAGCUGGAAUGGUUGGACCUCUCAUCAAACAAGCUCACUGGGGAGAUACCUCGACAACUCACGAAUUUAACCUUUCUCGGAACGCUCAACCUUUCGCAGAAUCGCCUAACGGGGCCUAUACCACGAGGCAAACAAUUCGAUACAUUUUCGAAUGGUUCUUACAUCAACAACUCGGCGUUAUGCGGGCCUCCAUUGUCGAAUACGUGUGGCGAUCCUAAGGCAGCACAGCCACCACCGUCGAGAUUUGAAGAAGAAGAUUCAGAUCCACUGAGUGGAAUUGGUUGGGAAGUCGUAUUGCCAGGGUAUGGAUUUGGGCUGGUAGUUGGACUUGUCAUGGGAUAUCUUAUGUUCUCGUUCGGUAAACCUCACUGGCUUGUGAAGGUGGUUGAAGGUGUUAUUGUAUGGUUCCUAAUACCUAGGAUUCGUAGGUUACGAUACGAAAAUUCCGUUGCAAAUUAUUCGUCGGCUAUUAUGUUACAACAGCCUUACAGGUCAUAUAACAUAGCUAUUAGGAAAUUUGACAAAGCUCUAAUCAUUGGACCUCUCAUGAAACAAGGCACACAAGGGAGAUCCCUCGACAGGUCACAACAAUUUGGGCGCAACCAGAACCACUACCCUCGAUGUUACAACAAGAAUAUGAUUCACAAUCUUCAAGUGGAUUUGGUUGGGAAGUUAUAUUGCCCGGUUAUGGAUUUGUGUUGUGUCAUGCCCGUGCCUAGAUGGACCUUUGCAUGUGCUGCUCUAGCCCAAUUUACACUUCAAGAGAUGGAAAAGGAAUGGGGAAAUAUUUUCAAGUACCUCUUUUCAUGUGCGGUGCAUAUGCUGUGA